UCUCAAAUUUUACUGAGUCAGGCAUGCUGAGGUUAUGUUUAUUGUUCUAUAAUAAUUAAUUCUAAGUUUUCUCAAUCUAUUGACUCGUGAUUAGUUUGUGUUUGUGUUAAACAUUUUUUACUGGAGUCUAAAAUUAUGGCGAGUUCUAGUAAAACUUUGGAAGAUAAAUUUAUGUGGGAGGAUGGAGAGGAAUCACUUGGAGAAGAAGUGUUGCGUAUGUCAACAGAUGAUAUUGUAGGCAGAACCCGUCUCUUGGACAAUGAAAUUAAAAUUAUGAAGAGCGAUGUCAUGCGAAUUUCUCAUGAACUUCAGGCGCAAAACGAGAAAAUUAAAGAGAACACUGAAAAAAUUAAAGUUAAUAAAACACUUCCUUACUUGGUUUCCAAUGUCAUUGAGCUCUUGGAUGUUGACCCACAAGACACAGAAGAAGAUGGUGCAGUAGUAGACUUAGAUGCACAACGGAAAGGAAAAUGUGCCGUCAUCAAAACAUCCACUCGCCAGACAUAUUUCCUGCCAGUGAUCGGACUGGUGGACGUUGAGAAGCUGAAGCCUGGUGACUUGGUGGGAGUAAACAAGGACUCUUACUUAAUUCUGGAGACUCUGCCAGCUGAGUACGACGCGCGAGUGAAGGCGAUGGAGGUGGACGAGCGGCCCACCGAGCAGUACUCGGACAUCGGAGGACUGGACAAGCAGAUACAAGAGCUUAUUGAAGCCGUUGUUCUGCCCAUGACCCACAAAGAGAAGUUUGAGAACCUGGGUAUACAACCUCCCAAGGGUGUUUUGCUCUAUGGACCUCCAGGAACAGGAAAGACGUUACUGGCUCGAGCGUGCGCUGCUCAGACCAAGUCAACCUUCCUCAAGCUGGCUGGUCCUCAGUUGGUCCAGAUGUUUAUCGGAGACGGAGCCAAACUUGUGAGGGAUGCGUUCGCCCUGGCCAAGGAGAAAGCACCAGCAAUCAUCUUCAUUGACGAGUUGGACGCCAUCGGAACCAAGAGAUUCGACUCGGAGAAGGCUGGCGAUCGAGAGGUCCAGAGAACGAUGUUGGAACUGUUGAAUCAGCUGGACGGAUUCAGCUCGACGGCUGAUAUCAAGGUUAUUGCGGCCACAAACCGUGUGGAUAUCCUAGACCCAGCGUUGCUCAGGUCUGGACGUCUGGAUCGUAAGAUUGAGUUCCCCCACCCCAACGAGGAGGCUAGGGCUCGCAUCAUGCAGAUUCACUCUCGUAAGAUGAACGUCAGCCCAGACGUCAACUUUGAGGAGCUCUCUCGGUCAACUGACGAUUUCAACGGGGCUCAGUGCAAGGCUGUUUGUGUUGAAGCGGGUAUGAUCGCCCUGAGGCGAGGCGCUGCGGCCGUGACUCACGAGGACUUCAUGGACGCUAUCCUCGAGGUUCAAGCCAAGAAGAAGGCCAACUUGAACUACUAUGCCUAAUGUGGAGUGGUUGGUGUGCUGCUUAUGUGACUCUUUUUGUUAAUCUUAAGAAAUAUAAUUUAUAAUUCUCUUGUAA